AUGGUUAAAGUUUCCGUGGCGGGCGGCUCUGGAAACGUCGCUCGUGAAGUCAUCGACCAGAUACUGGCCCGCAACAAGCACGAGGUGACCAUUCUUGAGCAGAGGCCCACGGAGAGCCCGUGCGCCGCGGACAAGAAGGGCAUCAAGUGGAUACACGUCGACUACUCCGACAAACCAUCGCUGGCCCAGGUCUUGCGAGGGACCGACGUCGUUCUAUGCUUCUUCACCGGACUGGACUAUACAAGCGCCGUGAGAAACUCGAAGAACCUCAUCGAUGCAUCCAUCCAAGCAGGCGUCAAACGCUUUGCGCCGUCUGAGUGGGGAAGCCGGUUGAACUGGAGCAUUCCUCACUACAGGUUCAAGGACGAGAUCCGCGAAUACCUCGAGGAGUGCAACAGUGGGAGGAUCAGAUUAGAAUACACAAUCUUCCAGCCCGGUCUCUUCACAAACUACUUUGGUUUCCCCUAUUCCACGACCAAACACCUGUCCAUGAGCCCAUGGCUUGUCGACUUCGAUAAUCGCCGAGCCAUCACCGUGGGCGCCGGCGACUUCUCACUCUGCCUCACAACCGUGCAGGACAUGGCUUUUGUCGUCGCAGAGUCCCUUGAGUACGAAGGGAAAUGGCCGGUAGACGGCGGGAUUAGAGGGACACAAGUUACUAUGGCAGAACUGAUAAGGCUCGGCGAAAAGUUGAGAGGUCCCAUGAGAGUAGAAAGCGUAUCGUUGGAAGAUUUGAGAGAAGGCCAGCUCAAAACUUCGUGGUGCCCUUUGAUCACGCAUCCCUGCAUCCCGGACGAGCACCGAGAGAUUAUCUCGCGGCAUAUCAUGAUCACCUUUCUGAGGUCCGUCGCGCAGGGAGCGUGGACCGUAUCUGAUGCUUGGAAUAAACGGCUUCCCAAUUACAAGUACACCAGUGCGGAGGACUAUCUCACGCAAAUAUGGAUGGGAAAGCCAUGA